GCUCGUUGUAAUUUUGAAAUGGUGUGAUUGUAGUUUUUUAAAUAAAUCGUGUUCUCAGAUUCUGAUGUUUUAAAGAGUCUGUCUACAAACAAGAAAAAUCAAACAAGUGAUAACUUUGAAUCUCGUGGUUAACAUUAUAUUCUCCUAAUAACAUUUCAGUAUUGGUAACAUAACCUUGAAAGCUUUACAAAAUGUUUAAUUCUUCAAAAUUCUCUGAUUCACCCAGUUACUUUAAAACAAACUUGACGAAUAUUAAAGACGAAACCAUAAAUGACACGAGUAGAAGUAUUCUAUUUCCGAAAAUUACUUCCACACCUUUAAACAGCAUUUUUGCAACUCCACCCAAGAACAAAAUAAUGACUCCCAGGAGAUAUUCUUUAUCAGAAGUGGCUACCCCACCAAGACACAACAGGAGAGAAUAUGUCCGAUCAACUACCUCCAAAUAUCAGCCAGGUCCGUUGUUAGCCUCUACAAAGUUUAAUUUAAGUGUUAGCACAUUUGAAGAUGCAAAAAGCCCAGGAUUAGUAAAUAGGAUUGUACAGUAUAAUGAAGAAACAGAAAGACAAAAAGAACAAAGACGACCUGUGACACACCAGGAAAAAUAUGGAAGUGUGGGUCUGUUUCCAGUAGUACAUCUUUUCAAAAACAAGUUGCCUACCUUGCAAAAGAAACCUAGACAUGUAACAGUUAGGGUGGCAAGUCCAGAUUAUGUGAAACAUACUCCAGAAUACAAUAGAAAGUUAUUAGAAGGUCUAGUCAAUCCUACUGGAGGAAAUCAUACUUUACUAAAUUCAAGACAUUCAGGAAACUCCACUAGUACUAGAAGUGUACUUGAUGCUCUAAAAGAAAUAUCUAGGAAAAGAAUACAUGCAAAUGAGGAGUUGGAAUUAAGAAAAGAUGCAGGAAAAAGACUUAGAACAGAUAAUGAUGACCACGUUGAUUCCAGUAAAAGGUUAAGAGAUGAAUCCCUCCUCCAGGAAAAUACAAGUCCUUCUAAACCGGUUUCUAAGAAAAUCUGCAUGUAUGACGAAUAUGCAGCUUCUAGAUCCUCUAUGGAUUUUGCCUUUAAAAGAACAGAAUCCACACAACCUAAAAGAAAAUCCAUAAGUAUAAGUACAUUGACUGAAAAUCUAAAGCAGACUAAAGAAAUAAAACUGCAAAAUGCCGAAACUCAGACUCUAGAGGAGGUAUCAAAUAUUGGUAAUGCAAGUACAAAUAAAUCUGAUGAAGAGGCUAGUAAAGAAGAUUUAGAAAAUAAGGAAGUUGUAAAUGUAGUAGCAAAUGAUGAAGUUUUUGAUGAAGGAACUUUAUCAACAGUAAGGGAAAAUAGAUUGGCAUCUUUUCUAGGAACCCUUAUUGGAAAAGAUGCUGUACUAGAGCGUAGUUAUAAGGACUUAUGCAAAGAUGAAGUGGAUGAGGUAGAACCUGAAACAGAAGCAACUACUAAAACAGAAAAACCACUUGUAUCAAUUUUAUCACCUGGUCAAAAGUCAACCAAGAAAAUUGAGAAACAUGUAACAUUUAAAAUUCCAGAAAGUACUUCACAGAGUAUUGACACUACAGCAGCAACAAGUACAGAACAUUCAGUUGGUAUAGCUACAGAGAAACGAGAACAAACAGUACUGCCACAAUCUUUAGUGGCAAGUAAAGGUGAUGGUAUUUCAACACAACAUGGGGGCUUAUUAUUUCAUGGAGAUAGCUCUGGUUCUUCACCUGUUCCUUGUGCCAGUGGCACAUUUGUAAAUGCUAGUACACCAUCUUCAAUUCCAUUUACUCCAAAAUCUCUAAGUGCUGAUGCUCCUAAAACUAUUCCUAGUUUUAAUUUUGGUAAUAAACCUGCAAUUUCUUCACCAUCAUCCACUCUUACUUCUAGUUCACCAAAGAUGGGUGGAUUCAAAUUUGACUUAUCUAAACCUGCAGCCCCAGCUUUUGAUUCAAAAGUUAUUAGCAGUUCUACUAUAACCCCUAAUGUGACAAGUACUGGACAAACAACCAAUACUACACCUGCACAGUUCUCUUUUGGUCCUAAAACUUCUAAUACUUUUGGUACUAGCGCACCAGUAUUAAAUUCAACUGUUAGCACAUUUACUUCAGCAGUUGAAAUUACCACUGCUGGAUCCACAGUUACUGCAACUAUUCCACCAAUUACUUCAAUACCGUCAGCUCCACAAAAUCAAACAUUUGCGGUGUCCUCCACUGCUAGUAACAAACCAACUUUUGCCUUUGGAACAAGUUCAUCUUCUCCUAACAGCUCGUUUACCUUUGGUGGAAAAUCAGAACCUUCAACAACAUCAAGUGGUUUUGGUUCUUUAAAGUUUGGUGCUACAUCAGUUAAUACUAUCACUACUUCUGCUACCACCAGUUUUAACACAUCUACUUCUGUUGCAAAUAAACAUUUAAUUACAAGUUCAUCAGCUAAUAGUUUUGGUACCACGUCGACAGUUCCUGCUUUUGGAAAUGCUAAUAACAGUUUUCAACUUCCUAAAACAGAAAAUGCAGGUUUUAAUAAUUCUACAACUACAACAAAUACCAGUGGUUUUGGAGGACAAAACACUAUUGGUUUUGGUACUGCAACUACAACUUCUAGUGGUUUUGGUAAUGUUUCUAGUUUUGGAAACAAUACUGCACCUGGAUUUGGCACAUCAGGAUUUGGAAGUACCGCAGCUUCAGGAUUUGGAACUACCACAACCUCUACACCAGCUUUUGGAACUACCACAACUCUAACACCAGCUUUUGGAACUACUACAACUCCAACGCCAGCUUUUGGAACUACUACAACUCCAACACCAGCUUUUGGAAAUACUACAACUCCAACACCAGCUUUUGGAACUACUACAACUCCAACACCAGCUUUUGGAAAUACUACAACUCCAACACCAGCUUUUGGAACUAUCACAACUCCAACACCAGCUUUUGGAACUACUACAACUCCAACCCCAGCUUUUGGAAAUACUACAACUCCAAAUCCAGCUUUUGGAACUAACCCAACUCCUACUCCACCUUUUGGAGGUGCUACUAAUGCCGGAUUUGGCACUGCCACUACAGCUUUUGGCAGUACUCCUUCUGGUUUUGGUGUAGCUACAACAACAUCUUCGAAUUUUGGUUCUACAGGUAGUAAUGUGUUUGGAGUAACAACUACCAGUUCUGGAUUUGGAGGUACUUUUACCUCUCCAGCAACUUUAAAUUCUCCUUUUGGUAGCAAUACAUCAGUAAACAGUAACUUUGGUGUUUCAACUACUACUGUUGGUGGAUUUGGUACUUCUAAUACUACAAAAUCAAAUACUGCCGGUUUUGGUACCACAACGAGUUUCAACUUUGGUCCUACAACUACUACAGCUAGCACUGGUUUUGGGGGUUCUACCACUACAACACAAGGAUUUGGCACCACAACAGCACCUGCAUUUGGAACAACUCCUGGUUCUAUAUUUGCAAGUACCAAUGUUCCUAGCUUUGGAACUACGGGAUCUUCAUUUUCAGAAGCUCCUUUUGGAGCUGCUACUACAAGUACUCCAGCAUUUGGAACUACUACAACAACACCUUCAUUCAAUUUUGGUGGCAAUAACAAACCUUUUGGAGGAGCAAAUACAGCUUUUGGUGCACCAACUACUACUACCAAUUCUGUGUUUGGUAGUACUCAGAGUCCAUUUGGAAGUGGUAUGCCAACUACUUCUACUUCAACCCUUCCAUUUGCAUUUACAGCCAAAACCACCACCAGUGGUACAUUUCCUUCAACAAAUACUUCAACUACUUCUUUCGGAAGCAACUUUGGACAAACUAAUUCUGCUUUUGGGGCACAGAAUUCGGGUUUUGGAACUCAAAAUAAAGCUCCAGCUUUUGGUAAUAAUACUACACCUGCUUUUGGAAGCUCUGUCCCCACCCAAGGCUUUGGAUCUCCAGCACAGCCAUCACAACCCUUUGGCAGUUCAGGUUCCGUUUUCAACAAACCACAGACUGCUCCACAGAACGCAUUUAAUUCUUCCCAAUUCAACUUUAACCAACAACAAAACAGUACUCCAAACCAAGCCCCAGUGUUUACAUUCGGAGCGGGAGCGAACGAAAAGCCAGGAGGAUUCAAUUUCAGUGGAGCUGCAUCAGGUGAAACUCCCAAAAAAUUCGACUUCACGGGUGGUAAUACUGCCCCACCAGCUUUCGGUACUUCUUUUGGUACUACACCUGCCGUUCCCGCAUUUGGAGCACCUGCAACAGGCGGUUUUAGUAUUGGCUCUGGACCAAGGCCAAGGAAGCAAGUUACAGCGAAGAGAAGAACUUGAUUGACAAAGAUGUUGUAAGAGGAAAAGUACAAUGGAAAAGUGAGUUAAGGAAUAAUUUUUAAUACAGAUAGUUUGUGAUCCGAUUCUUUAUUUAGCUCAUUUUAUCUACAAAUACUUGCUGAUGUAUUUUAAAAAUGUUAACUGUCAAAUCGGUUUAGGGAAUGUGUUAUUUUAUUUAAAUUUAACAACCUUUGCCUGUCAAGGAGUCAGAAGUUGUCGACUACACCACAGAUCCAUGGUUGGCAUGUCCGAUUCAAGCCUGGUCGCUUAAUAUGUAAAUAUAUAUUCUUUUUUAUUUUUAACUGAUUGUAAAAAAUUAGUUGAUGUAAAAGUAAACGAUUUUAUGAUUAAAUUAUCCUCAAAAAGUUUUUGAACAGUUCUUUUUUUAUUUUUGUAAUAAAUAUAUUUG